UCCGGCUCUCGAAGCUACGUUCCCAGCGAGAGAGACUCCGAGGAGCCUGCGGUGCCUUUGGCCCAGACACCGCCUCCCCUGCAGCCCGCGGCAUCAUGGAGCCCCCGGGCCCGGACCGGGCCUCCUGUCCCCUUACCCUCCUCGGCCCUGGCCAGGCCCCGCGACUUCUGUUCCUGGCGCUGCUGUUCGGGGGAGCCCCAGGUGCCCAAACUGAGAUCCGAGUAUUAGCACCCCCCUUGGUGGAAGUCAUGAAAGGGGAGGCGGUGACCCUGAACUGCUCUGUCUCUGGGGCUGGAAGCAAAGAACACUUAAAGCUGGAGUGGUUUGUUACAGACCGCUCAGGAAACACCUCUCUCUUGGUCUCUGCCAUGGGAAGAAUGGGAGCACUGAAGAAAGAUGGGGACUCCAAUCUAAAGCCAAGCACACCUUUUCAACUGCAUCCCAACGGGUCCCUUCAGCUGCUCUCAGCUGAGAUGGGGGAUGAGCGGGACUACAUGUGCCAAGUUACCGGGACAGCAGAGAAGGCCCAGGCCACCAGCCACCUCCGAGUCUUAGUGACUCCUGAGCCCCCCGAGGUCACACCCAACAGGGGAACAAUUUCAGUGGUUGACGACAAAGCUCAUGAGAUAGCCACCUGUACCAGCCGAAAUGCCAACCCUGCCCCCAACAUCACUUGGUACCGGGACGGGGAGGCCCUGGAGAUUCCCACGGAGCUGAACGGGGAGCUAUACACUGUGAGCCGAACUGUCCGAGAGGCCUCAGGGCUCCACUCCCUCACCAGCAUCCUCUACCUUCGGCCCAAGAAGGCUGAUCGACUUGUUGCCUUCCACUGCAGGGCCACCUACCAAAUGCCCAAUGGCCAGCAGGGCCAGCAAGAUGCCGCACCCUUCCAUCUCACUCUGCACUACCCUACAGAGAAUGUACAGUUCUGGGUGGCUAGCCCAGCAGCCCCUGGAGGCUGGGUACGCGAGGGGGACACGGUCAACCUGCUUUGUCGGGGAGAUGGCAACCCAACCCCUGAGUACAUCUUCACCCUGAAGCAGGGAAAGAAGGAAGAAAAGUCGCUACAGACCAACACAAAUGGCAACCUGACCCUCAGCAGAAUCUCCCGGAACCAAAGUGGCCUCUACCAGUGUGAGGUGGCCGAUUUCGAUGCAGAUCCAGAGGUGGAGUUGACCCAAAAGUUGGAGAUCCAUGUGGGAUACCUGGACCCCCUGGAGCUGAGCCCUGGAGAGAAUGUAACAGUGUCCUUUGGGGACACCAUGGAGCUGGGCUGCUUGGCUUCUGGGGAUCCAACCCCCAAAGUCCGCUGGACUAAGGAUUCCAUCCCCCUGGGCCCCCCGGACCAGGGCCCCCACCUCACUCUCAGCAAUGUCUCCUUCACCUCGGCUGGUACCUAUAGCUGUGAGGCCUCAGUGCCCGAGGUUCCUGGGCUCACCAGGACCCGGAACCUGCAGCUGCUUGUGCGGGGUAAACCAGAGUUGAAGCCAGAGGAGAUGCCGCUUCAGGGCAUCAGUGCCUGGACUGAAGGGGAUGAUGUGACCCUAACCUGCUCUGCCCGGGGACACCCAACACCAGAGCUGAGCUGGAAUCACGAAGGGGAACCAGUAAACAGAAUUGUCAGUGGCUGGGUCCAGAGCUCACUGAAACUGAAAGUGACAGGGACUGUGGCUAGGGAGGGGGUCUCCUGCAAGGCCUCCAACCACCUGGGUGAUAACCAGCACACCUUCUACUUUGAGUCGGUGGCCUCACAGGCCCCCCAGGCAGGCGUGGCUGUGAUGGCAGCUGCCAUCAGUGUGGGGCUGCUACUCCUGGUUGUAGCUGUCUUCUACUGCAUGCGUCGGAAAGGCCGGUGCUGUCGUAGCCGGGAAAAGGUGCCCCCGUUGCCCCCUGAGCCGGAGCCGAGUCGUCCCGGCAUGGAUCGCCCAGAACAGACAGGCCUACUGUCAGGAGGCGGAGGUGGAGGAGGGGGCAGCAGCCGAGGGGGCCAUAGCUUUGGGGAUGAGUGCUGAGCCGCAGGACUCUGGCAUGCCUUCAGCCCCACCUUCAGUCUUUCACCAGACUCAGAGAGAGCUGUUUGCAGGUGGUAGGAGCAGGGGAGUACCCUAAUCUGGUCCCAGCCUCCCCUUCCCCCACCACUUCCUUCCCCUGCCUGAGACUUGGGAUAUGGGAUAGGGCCUGGGCUGGCCCGCCCUACAGAGAUGAGAAUCUCCUUCCCCCAGCCCCUGAAAUAUCCCUUGGCUUCUGGCCUAGGGCCUGGCCCUGGGAGGAGGGGGUCAGUGGAGGGAGCUAUUUUUACCAGCCUCUGAGGUCUGUUCUCCUUUCUACUGUAUAGUCUGACACUGGAUCCCUGCCCCCCCCCUCCAACUUCACCCUUCCUCCACCUUGGUCAAAAACACUGGAGACUAAAUAAAGGCCGUCCAACAGCCCACCCA